GCUGUUCGGUUCAUUAGAAAACGAACAGUCGAGUCUUCUUCAUAAAAAUUUUCCGCGAGUUAUUAGAUUUCAAUUAACAAAAUAUUCAGUCCGCAUACCCGGCUGGGGAAAUGCUACUUAAUUCUAAGGUCAUUUGAGACAAAGUGAUGACUCCUAUUUUAGACAACAUGAAUCCUAAAUCACUCGUGUUUUUCUCCAUUAUUCAGCUGUGUUUUUCCCAAAACCGGAACAAUGUUUGUAAAAAUUUCGCCGACUAUUCCAACCUCCCCUUUAGUAGAAAUUGUUGGUACGACCCGGACGUAUUUGCAACACCGGAACAAAUUGCACACAAUCACGGCUUCGAAUUCCAAAACCACAAAAUAGAAACCGAAGAUGGUUAUUAUUUGACCAUUUUCCGAAUCCAAGAUAAGUUUAAAAAUGACGGCAAUAAACCACCAAUUUUGCUACACCAUGGUUUGGGCAGCAACGCAAUGAGUUUCCUGGGUUUUGGGAACCAAUCACUGGCCUUUUAUUUGGCGCGAAACGGCUUCGACGUGUGGCUAGCCAAUCACAGAGGCAAUAAUUUUUCAAAAGGACACGCCCGUUUGAAAAUGUCCAAUCCCAAAUUUUGGGAUUUCAGUUUUCACGAAAUGGCAAUUUACGACAUCCCGGCGGUGGUUGAAUUUAUUGCUGAAAAAAACGGGAAUGGGACGAAAAUUAUUUACGUGGGCCAUUCCAUGGGAACAACGAUUGGGUUCAUUUAUGCUAGUCUGAAGAAAGAACAUGCUGAAAAGUUCCUGAAAGGCGUAGUGGCCUUAGCACCUACCACGUCACUUAACUAUGGGGUUACGAUCGUAAAAGCGUUCAAAGAACAAUUAAAUCAAUUAGUUCAAAAUUUAUUGCAAAAUAACAUAACUGUGAUGUUCCCGGCGCCCGAAAAAUUCUCAAGACUGUACGCGGUACCGAUUUGUGUUCAAUUUACGGCACUUUGCUUAACAGUGCUUAACUUAUUCGGCGGUCGGGACGAAGGAGAAUUUACUCCUGAAUAUUUAUUGGUUGGAUUAAGCCACCACCCUGGCCGAACAUCGCUGAAAUGCUUCGCUCAUUACCUCCAAUUCACGUUCAGCCAAAAAUUUGAGCAAUACGAUUACGGCGUUGAAAAAAAUUUGCAAGUGUAUAAAUCCCAAUCACCUCCUAUUUACCCUCUUUCAAAUAUUUCAAUCCCCGUUCAUUUAUUUUACGGUUUGAAUGAUCCUUUCGCUGGACGUGAGGAUGUUGAAUCAAUUUACAAUCAACUGAAAAUGACAGAAAAGUCGAUAAAUGUAAUACCCGAAAAUGGAGGGAUUAAGUACAAUCAUAUCAAUUUUUUGUCCUCCAAACACAUCGAGACUUUAUUCUACAAACCGCUGAUGAGGAUUCUGGGAAAAUUACGAGACCAGUGUUUGUGUAAAAUCGUUUAUUAAAUAAAUAAAUUAAUUAAUCGUUUGGCAUCACUGAAUCAA